GACCGGAGAGGAGGCUGGCACACUGGGAGGAUUAAUAAAUAUCUUCUCUUUUUUUUCUUGGAACGGUGACAUUUCCUCUUUAACAGCUUCGUAGCACAUUCUUCAUGUGUGUAUAAUCCUUAUCUGCUGUGUCUAGUUAAGGGGGAGAGCGAGCCUGUGUCAGUUUAAUUACAUAGCAAUUUAUACUGUAAGUGCACGACCAGUAAGUGCACGACCACUGCCAGGGAUUUAUUAUUUAUAUAGCAUUAACUUUUUUAUUACUGGGGAGUUUUCAUUUCAUCAACAUAAUUAAGAUCCUCCCAUGUUCCACCCAAAAACCUUCACAUUACGUCCUGUCUUCAAGAGCAGAACCAUGAGCUCCCUGUUUGGAAUACUCUGCCUCCUCUCGGCUCUUGCAGCAACGAGUUACUCUAACUGUUCUGGGGGUUUUUCUGUAAUCUUGCAAUGCCCAGCCAACAACAUCACUUGCCCAUCAGGAGAGGAAUGCCCAGGUGGUACUGGUGGAAUGAAUGCUGCAUUUUUGGGCAAGUCACUUGCAUGGACAUCUGAAUGUAGCCCCUUGGACAGCAGGAGCGCGCAGCAAGAAGAAGCCAGGAUAUUCACAUCACAAUGUAACUCGAAAGAGUGCAAUAUUUCUAGUCCUGCAUGUAAUAAGAUGGCUAUUAUUUUGGCCAGGACAUAUGAAUGUGCACCUAAAUGUAACUUCUUGGGCAGCUUGCGCCUACAGCAACUACAAAUCAGGAUGGGCACGAUAUGUUAUGGCAAUACUACCAACUGCGCUGUGGGCAGCAAUUUGCCAACCGACAACUCUCCCCUCAAUGGACUGGGCUGCCCAUCCUGCUUAUCUGAUAACUCUACCUGGUGUCACACUGAUGAAACCAUACAGUGCAGAGGGGAUGAGACUAUGUGUCUUCUUAUGCAGAUAACACAAGAAUCAGGAUCAAUGUCAACAGCCUUUCGAGGGUGCGCAACAAUGUCUAUCUGUGAUCUUGGCAGUCAGUCCCAAAAUAAGACCGGAUUAUUCACUGAGGUUAAGAUUAACUGCACGAGAGCCAGCACCAGCGGUAGCAACAGAGGCAGCAUGAGUGUCCAUAAAGUCGUCUUGACUUCAGCCAUUGUGUGUCUCCUACUGAAAUUGCUCUUCUAGGAUUUUUGGAGGAAUGUGGCCGAAAUAAAUGACAAAGAUGUAUAUAUCGUUGUGUAUUUCACAUUGUUCCUUAAUUCCUUUAAUUGUCAGCAACUUUUUUUUUUUCUUUAAUUAACAAUUUUUAUUGUUUUUCUUAUAUCGUACAUAAAAAGCAGUUGUCCAAUAAAUCAUACAAAUGA